AUUACUUUACAAAAUUUAUGAAUAUGAAUCAUUUUCCAUAAUAUGGCAGUUUACAAAAUUUAGAUAUUGUCUCCUCAGGCAACUGUAAACAUAUCAGGUGGCUUGGUUGCUUGAUUCUUCUUCUCCUUCUUCUCUGUAUGAUCUCUCUUACGGUUGCUCACCUCUGAUCAAGAACAGAGAAUGUACCCUGGGGGCUAUACUGCUGAGGUUACAAGCUUAUCUCCUAAAGCUACAGAGGAGGACGUAUACGAUUUUUUUGCUAACUUUGGUGCAAUUGAGCAUGUUGAAAUUGUCAGAUAUGGUGAAUUUGCUUGUACUGCAUAUGUGACAUUUAAAGAUGCUUAUGCCCUGGGAACUGCUGUGUUGCUCAGUGGAGCUACCAUUUUAGAUCAAUGUGUAUACAUACAACCUUGGGGAUCAUAUAUUGAGGAAUCUGAUCCUUGGAGCAGUCCCUCGUGGAAGCCAGAAGAUGAUUCUAGCUCAAGAGCUACUCAUAUGGGACAAUUCGUCUCUACCCCAGGAGAAGCUGUAACAGUGGCGCAGGAUGUCGUCAAGACAAUGCUAGCGAAGGGAUAUGUUCUGGGGAAAGACGCAUUUAUCAAGGCCAAAACUUUUGACGAAUCCCAUAAUGUCUCCACUAGCGCAGCGGCCAAGGUUGCGGAGCUUAGCAAUAGAAUUGGUCUCACUGAUCAGAUCUAUGCCGGCAUGGAAACCUUCAAAUCUGUGGAUGAUAAAUACCAUGUUUCAGAAAUCUCAAAGUCAGCUGCAAUAGCCACAGGGACAGCAGCUGUAGUCGCAGCUACAGUUACGGGGAGAGCAGCCGUUGCAGCUGGUAAUGCCGUAGUCAACAGCAGUUACUUUGCCAAAGGAGCGCUUUGGGUUUCAGACGUUUUGACUCGUGCAGCCAAAAUCGCUGGUGAUUUUGGUAGCCAUGAUAGUAAAACAAUGGAGUGACUCGAGGCUCCUUUCUUUGGAAGACUUCCAGUUCCAGACCACCAUUCCUACGAAUCCUACUACGAAGAGUUCGUAUGGGCCUGGGCUGGGCUUAUAUAGAUUUGGGUCAAAACUAGUAGCCCAAGUCUAAAUUGUGGUGUAAGCUCGGAAAGAGACUAGAUCACUGGAGGCCUGAACUGUCACCUUAACGUUGGACUAGUCCCCUCUUUUCCCGGCCCUAUGAUUUUAUGUUGGACUGCUCAGGUUUUUGGGUUGUUUGUAAAGAGGUUAGUCCUAAAUUCCUAACCUGAAUGAAUUCCAAACAUUCCUCAACACAACUAACCUCAACAUAAAAGGAUGAACCUGGUUUGUCUAUCUGUACGCAUUGACUUAACUCAUUCAUUUAGACAUUGCAAAGAACACCAAUGAAAACUGCUAGGUAGGGAAUGAGAAAGUAGUUUGAUAAAAAAGAGUUUGGGAAUGUCCUGUUUAGUUAACAAACAUCGAGUUCGGAGUUGGGGCAGCAUGGAUAUAAGACUAUUGAAGUGAAGUUUGAAAUCA